CAUGAUCGAAUGUCUAUUAAUUGAUCAAUGUUGCCUGUGCAGGAUUGUUGUUAUUCACGGCAAUAGUUCCUUCUAGUCUUCUACAAUUCUCAGGAUGUCGGGACUGGUCAACAGAAUUCGCAAUGGCAUUCCGAAGCCUCAUCUGCAUGCAGCAGGUACAGAAGAGGUCAAAGGACAGGAUAUGUGGCUUGACAACGAUGAUAUCAGACCACUGAAGCUCGCCGAUCGAACAUGGAACGCAAAAGCAUACCUUACUUUUUGGUUCAGUGCAGUAGCCACAGUUUCAAACUGGUAUGCAGCAUCUUCUGCUCAAGCUCUUGGUCUGAGCAUGUGGGAAUCUGUCGCGACUGCACUGGGAGGACAAAUAUUGAUCGCCAUCGUCAUUGUGUUCAAUGGCCGUGCUGGAGCAAAAUAUCACAUCGGUUUCCCGGUGUUGAACAGAGCCGCCUUCGGAGUCUUCGGAGCAUGGUGGCCAACCUUCAAUCGUGCCGUAAUGGCCAUUGUGUGGAACGGAGUCAAUGGAGUGAGUAACAUCAUGGGCGAAGGUUCAGCAAUCAACUCGGGAGAAUUCAUCGGAUGCAUCAUCUUCUGGCUCGUCACCUGCACCUUCCUUGUCAUUCCUGUUCCUAAGAUGAAAGGGCUCAUCUACGCCAAGCUCAUAGUUUUUGUCAUCUCAGCAGUCGCCAUGUGUGCAUGGACCCUGACAAAAGCUGGUGGCGUCGGAGCAAUUGCCCAUCAAAAGGGUACAGCUACAGGUUCGGAGAGGACAUGGCUUCUCGUCCGCUUCUUCUUCCUAGGUGCCGCAAAUUGCGCUACUUUCGCAUCCAACGCAGCAGAUUUCCAGCGUUACGCUCGUCGACCCAACGAUGUCAUUCUGGGCAACCUUGCUGGCUUCCCUCUGAGCAACUUCAUUGUUUGCAUCAUCGGCAAUCUCGUCGCGUCUUCCUCGCAAGUGAUUUACGGAGAAGUCAUCUGGAACCCACUCACCUUCCUCGAUAUGCUUCAAACGACUGAAUAUAGCUCUGCCAACCGCGCAGGCUGUUUCUUCAUCGCAGCUUGCUUCGCAUACUCUGCAAUUUUCUCCUCCAUUUUCGAGAAUUCUUUACCCGCUGGCAAUGAUAUCGCCGCUCUCUUCCCGAAGUACCUCACCGUACGCAAAGGCUUCUUCAUCUGCGCCGUCAUCUCGUUCGUCAUCAACCCCUGGUACCUCCUCGGCAGCGCCGGCAUCUUCAUCUCCUUCCUCGCCUCCUACCAAAUCUUCCUUUCUGCCAUCACAGGCGUGCUCCUAUGCCACUACUACGUCAUCUCCCGCGGCUAUCUCAAGAUCGACGACCUUUACACCAGCGACAAGAACGGCGUUUACCACUAUUUCCACGGCUGGAACUGGAGAGCCUAUGUCGCAUACGUCGUCGGCAUCAUCCCAAACUUCUACGGCUUCCUCAACAACAUGGGUGUUUCUGCGCCCACGGGCGUCACCAAAGCUUAUUAUUUCGCCUAUGAGAUCGGGUUGAUUUUGAGUUUCGGUGUUUAUUGGGCAUGUUGCUAUUUCUAUCCUCCGCAGCUGGUCAUGCCUUUGAGCGAGUGGCAUGAGCCUAAGGACUAUGUCAGGCCUGAGGAGAGGGCGGAAGUACUCGAGGGUAUGCCUGCGGAGACUUGGGGGGACAACAUCGAUGGUGUUUCAAAGGUGGUCCAGGAAGAUGUCAAGGAGCUUAUGUAGUUGUCAACUUGUAGACUUCCGU